GGCGGCGGCGGCGGGGCCGCCGGCUGCGGGCGGUGGCGGCGGCGGCUGAAGGGCAACGGCGGCGAUGGGCGCUGUGGGCUGAUUGGUAAAGAUGGAAAGAGGGAGAGGAGGAGGAGGAGGAGGAGGAAGGAACCUGGGAGGCUCUGGCCUGCACAGGAGCAUUUAUUCCCAGUCCCAGCAGCAGUACCAUUACCCGGCCUCCUCCCAGGGGGGCUGCAUGGAGAUCCAGGAGCUGGCCUCCAAGAGGGUGGACAUCCAGAAAAAGCGAUUUUAUCUGGAUGUGAAACAGAGCUCCCGAGGCCGCUUCCUGAAGAUCGCCGAGGUCUGGAUAGGAAGAGGCAGGCAGGACAAUAUUAGGAAAAGCAAGCUGACCCUCUCCUUGUCCGUGGCCGCCGAGCUGAAGGACUGCUUGGGAGACUUCAUCGAGCACUACGCCCACCUGGGCCUGAAAGGCGGCCACGGUCACCGGCACGAGCACAGCAACGGCAAAGAGCAGCAUCCCCGGAGGCGGCAGCAGCACCCGCCGCCUUCGCCUCCGGUGUCUGUCGGCUCCGAAGAGCACCCUCACAGCGUCCUCAAAACGGAGUACAUCGAGAGGGACAACAGAAAGUAUUACCUGGACCUGAAGGAGAAUCAGCGAGGGCGCUUCUUGCGGAUUAGACAAACUAUGAGUAGGGGACCUGGCAUGAUGGGUUAUUUUGGCCACAGCUUGGGACAGGAGCAGACAAUCGUCCUUCCGGCGCAAGGGAUGAUUGAGUUCAGGGAUGCUUUGGUCCAGCUGAUCGAAGAAUACGGCGAGGGGGACAUAGAGGAUCGCCGGGGGGGAGGCGAUGAGCCCCCGGAGCUCCCCGAGGGCACCUCCUUCCGAGUGGACAACAAGCGCUUCUACUUCGACGUGGGAUCCAACAGGUACGGCAUUUUCCUGAAGACAACCCACAGCCUCACAAGGUUUCAACAGCAGCCCACGGUUUCUGAAAGCUUCUCGCCAUUUCCAAGAUGAUCCGAGAACGGGAAGGGACUGCAACUCCAAACCUGGCAAAGAUGCAGUCGCUUUUGCUGGCUAAUAAAGGAGAAGAUGUCACCCCCAAAGUAUUUCUGCAAGCCCCCCGAAAGAGGAACAGAAAGUUAGAGGAGCAAGCUCUUGCGACAUGAGCCGAGAGGUAAGAGUGAGGACUGAGCCACGGCUGGGACUUUGCAGGCUGUUUUGGAGAGCACAGUGGCUCUCUGGGGCGGACUGGUCUAUCACCUCCGUUGUUUGUCUCUGAACCUCCUCCUGAGAUGGGCUUUGAAGUGCCCCCCUGCAGAGAGAUGCAGCCUUCUCAGCCCCUCUGUGCCACAGGAGGAGAACGAGAAAGCACCAACUGGAGGAUCCUCUUUACUUCCUCACCUUCUCAGGCUCUCCAUGUAGUGAAGUUCAUCCUCCUCCUCCAUGCUGCAGCCCUUGUGCUGUUGCAAUAAGCCCUAGAGCUGCUCUCUCUGGUUGUUCAAAACCUAUGCCGAACUCUUCCUCUCGGCGAGGCUGAAGAUGCUGAGCAAAAGAGAACAAGCAAGAGGCUAAGACAUGGGUGUUUUUCACUUGCCUCAGCCAAAACACCAGCUUCCUCCAGACCUUCAAGCCUUCCAAGAACUUCCCACCUUUCUAGCCAAGCAUUUUGUUUUCUAGAAGAAGAAAAAUUGGUAGUUUUGUGCUAGCAAUAGCUGGAGUCCUCUUUUACUAGUGAAGGCAUUUUCUCCCUCUCCUUUGAAUUUUGUAUGAAUGCAGAAACUAAUGUGAAAUAAGAGUUGUAAUAUCGGGAAGGGGGAGAUCAGAACAGAGCGUUCCUCUGGAUAGGGUUUGAUGCAAUUUGAAGCUGCUUGUAGAAGAUUGGCUGGAAGGUAAAAUGAUUUGGGCUAAAAAAGCUGAUUCUGUUAAACUAUGUUAGUGAUUCUUUAGUAGAUGGUCCGAAAUAGCUUUGUCAUGACCUCUGACCUCUAGGAAAGAUAACCGUAUUUUUUAUCUUAGAUUGAAGGUGCAGUGCAUACUGGAAGAAACUUACAUUCUUUAGAAACCAUCUCAGGAUGGCAUUUACUGUCGAAAACAUUGCAUGGAAACUUAAAGAAAACAAACCAAAAAUUACACAUCUGAAUCAACACCAGGUGAGCGUUUGCAGAGCGUUGUCGCUGAGCUAGCCAGCCACGCUGAAUUCAGGUUAUGUACGAGUUGUAAUCCACCUUUCUGCUUUCAUGGUGACUCAAAAUUUCCGAUAAACGCCUGCGUACCGCAACAAGAGGCUGCGAUUAGACGAGCAAGGAGCUCCUGUAUUUGCAGCACCCUGCUUUGCACCUAGGCUCGAUCCAUUGACUGCAGAGGUGUCAUCCCCCCCCCCCCAGCGAAAGCGGUCCCCUCCGAUCUUCCCGCAUUGUGUCGGUGCUGCGGCGCCCGUGCAAGGUGGUAGAAGCUGAGGUGGGUGUUGAGUUGGCGGGGUGCAUUUCAAGGGCAGCACUUGGUCACCAGCUGUUGUCUAGGAUGCUGUGGCUUUUUGUACAGCAGAAAAAAAAAGAUUUCUGGUUGAAUUUCAAGUUUGGGGACUGUUUUCUGCCAAGCAGCCCCUCCCCCGCCGUUUCAACUGUAUGUUAUUCUCUUUUUCUUUCCACUGGUCCUGUUACGCACCACUCAACAGCUGCUGCAUUUAAUCCCAGAAGCUGUAGUUGGUAGCGAGCAAAGUGAUCUCCAUAUAACCUCUAUCUUACUCAUAAGUGUGCAUUAUGAAGCUUAACCGAUGGUAAUAAAAUGUUUUGCUUUCAACAUGCGGUCCCUGUAGUCCAAUGUUCCCGUCUUUAGGCACCGUCAUUACAGCAAGGCGAUUUAUUGGAGUUAUUCUGCUGCCCCCCAAGAAUGUGUCUCGUAAUGCUGGGUACAGGCAUCAUCGACGUCUAGCAACGCGUGUGGAUACGUAGCGAGGAGAGAUGGAGAACACCGAGCAGAGCCCUUUCUGCAGCAGCGAGUUGGUGGUACUGGUGGUGGCAUCCCCAGGUAGACACAGCAGCUGCGGUCAUGAGGUCCCUGUGAAUAAAUUUGUCACGUACACGUUGCUCCCCUUGACGUGUUUGCUCUUUGAUGAAGACCAUUUCUUGAUGGUCGAGGAAAAACUGCUGCAACGGGAGGACUUGCCGAGGCGCUUGGUGUCUUGCUUGGCUGUGACCCAAAGGUGCAGGUUCACGUCUCCAUGAGACAGUUGCGCAGUGCGAUCUUGUGUUAGAGCCUUUUCGGGCACUACGGUGGUAUGUGGGGGGACAGAAACAGGUUGCAUGCCUCCUACUUGGAGUCCUUUUCAUCCCUUUCACAACUGCUCUGCAGGUUCAUGGUUUUAUACAUUGUUUUUUUCUUUCCUGCAUACAAAAAAGGGCAUUUUUAUGUCAUCCUGCAUGAUGGAUAUUUUUGUGCGAGGGGGGAAAAGGUGCUUCUCGUCCACGUUUAAGUAAUUAUACAAAAUGCAGAAAGUCUGCAUUUGGAAUUUCAUUUUGGUUUACACAUUAUUGAUGCUUUUAUUGAAAGCAUCUUUUCACAUAUAAGUCGUGUAAAGGUCAUAUGAUUUUCCUUCUCUAAACCGAAAGCAUGAAUUUCAAAGCAGGGAUCUCCAAGCAUCAUUUCUGUGGUACGGUGGGUUGCAUUAGCCCUACAGCUGGUAUUUGUUGAACAGGAUGCCGUUUCCCAUACUUGAAGUUUAUAGAGUUUAGUUUCAAAGCGGAAUUUCCCAGGCAGAGGACCCCCAGAAUUGUAGCAGUACGUACCUAAAUAUAUAGCUUUUUCAAGCAACAAUAACACAGCCUUUUCCUGGAGAUUGCCAUUUUGUAAAUAAGCUUCUUCUUGAGCAGCGUGGCUAGGACUACAAAAGAUGGAUGAUUAUUUCUUCCCAGAAUCGGUCUUCCGCUGCAGGAUCUGUUUUUUGUUGCGAUAAUUAGCAUAGAAUUAAAAAUGGCCCCGCAUCUUCAGUUCGCAUUAUGCCUCCGAUACCAAGCGAUCUGGGAUCACAUUUUACUUGGCAAUAGGCUUUGUCUGGGAAUCACUUCAUUCACCGCUGAAAAUCAGCAUUUAAUUGUGGUGCACAGAUAUCUGUAGGCUUCGACGCAGCAAAAGCCUCCGCCUCCAAAAAUAAAACAUUGCUUCUAAUAAACUUUCAAAUGAGGUGUUUUUUGGAGACUGGAAAAGUUGCCAAGAAUAUUUAGAUGAAAAACUAGCAUGCUGGCUGAAGCAGGAUUUUACAAAUGCCUUUAAAAUCCACAGCUCAGGCUGAAGGUAAGGUCACGGGCUAGCACACAGCCUUUUCUCCCAGAAAACCUGUAAUAGCUUUUCUUUUUAAAAAUCGAACAGGGUUGCCAGUCCAGGUGGAGGCAAAAUUGCAAGGAGCCUCAGACGUGGCCAAUGGUGUGUCCUUAGGACAAACUAAGGCAGCAAAAAUACAACAUGAUGUGAAAACUUCCUGGUGAGAACAGUGCAGGAAAUUACUGAGCAAUUUGACGCAGUGUCCUAGCAUUAGAUUUAUUAUCCACUUCCAAAUCAUCUGCCAAAAAUCCUUACAAUCGGAAGACAGGAAAGAACAUAUUAUAAAAAGAUGUGGAAAAUGAGCAGUUUUGGUACGGGAGUUUUCGCGCUAUAUGUAAGUUUUCGAUACAUACAAUGUUUGGGUUUGGUCUCAACGUUGAGGUCAACGGUACUUAAACCAAAUGUUAUCCCAGCACCUACGUGUAGGAAGUGAUGAUAUAUGCCAGUCUUGCAAGAUCAGGCUUGAAUACGGUCCUGCAAGAUGCUCCUUUGCCCAGCAUAAUGCUCAACGAUGGCUUUUAAUCCUGCAAGACUCCACCAUCGUUUAUGAUAAAGCCGUGGUGUGCCAGCGGGCACACUUCUCCCCCGUAGCGCUUGCUCUCCUUCGCUGAUGGACUUGUUCCUCGCCUGGGUGGCAGGGUCGUAGCAACGUACACGCACUUGUGUGCUUUCCCCAGACCUCGCUGGCUUUGGCAACAAGACUGGAUAUGUAUCAUUUCAGCAGUUUUCUUAUUAUCUGGAUUGUGGACUGAGAUGGUUAUGUUUCCCCACCGUACACCUGCAGAAAUCGCAAGCCCAGCUCGCUGCGGGGCACCACCAGUCUCGCGCUGCCCUUCCCCAGCUCCCACAUCUUUUCCAGGCUCCAUUCUUUCUGGUUGUAUGUCUGCAAAGGUGGAUCUACAUCUAUAGCCCCUGGAUGCGCAACCUUGCUUUUUGCUUGUUUAAAUACAGGUCUUUGUGGCAGUAGUGGAAAUAAGCGACCUGGGUUUGUAACUCUUUUUUUUUCCCCUGAGGUAUCAGUGUUAUCUGCUUCUGAAAAACCGUCUCCCUAGUGCUUGCUCUCUGAUUAGGAAAAUGUCUGCAGCUGUAUCUGAAGCAUACCCAACAUACCCUGCCAACUCCAGCAAGUCAAUACUUUUGUUUUAAAAAGAGCUUUCUCCACAUAAAAGAUUCGUACCCAUCUCAGACGCACCAGAUGCUGGAUCUUGCCUUGUACAACACUUGGGAGAGUUGACGGCGAUGCCUGUGGGGCCGGGGGAGCCGCUUAGGCUAUUCAGUGACCUUUUUUUUGGAGUGCCUACUGAAACAUAGUGAGAAUUGAAGGUCUGGUUUCCCCUUUGUCCUUUGCCACUUCUGUUUUGGGAGGAAACACCCUGUUUUUGCAAGCGCUGAGCUGCUCAGAUAAGGGGACGAAGGGCACUGCUGGAGCAUGUCCCAGCUUGCAAGGAGCCGCUUCCAGCCCAGGGUGAGGACUGGGACCAACACAGACCUUAGCGGGGAGAUUUUCUGCACCCUGUUUCCAGUGAGCAGAGUCGUUGCUUUUGCAGCACGAGUAUAAAGGUAGGGUUGGGCUUGCAGCUCGAUGCAAGGGAACAAAAAAGCAGAUGUCAGCAGCUGGAAGAGGUGAUGGGGCAGUCGGUGGGAAGCGCGUGUUUAAAGAGAGAAAGGGAAAGUGCCUGACGUCCAUCGGGAUGAAUCCUCCUUUUCCAGUCUCUUUCCAGGAGCGUGCUGAUCCAAAGUCCUUCUCCGGAGCAUUUUCCUUCAUGAAAAUGAAGACGGGACGUUAGGAAUGUCAGUGUUUACUAGACCACCUUCAUUGUCUUGUUCUUGCAUUAAUUGUCCUUUGACUGGUAGGGUGGUUAAGAGAAAAAAAAACAGCUUAAUGCAUAGUCAGAAAGCUAAAAAAAAAAAGCAAACCACAAAUAAAUAGGUAAAUAGGCUAACUGUAUGAUAGCGUGUAAAAGGAGGCAGUCUGUGGUGCGACUCCUCUGUAAAGUGCAUGAUAAGCAUUGGCGAAGCUUGUUGCAGACACUGGGCAGGCUUUCCAGGGUUGCUUUUGCUAGACUUUGAGUAUCAUAGUUGCAAAGACUCGUAAAUGUUCCGAGAGACUCUUGGUUUUGGGGUGGUUUUUUUUUCGUAAGCUGUGACCACUUGCUUUCUGAAUGGGUUUGUAGUGAUGGAGUUAAUGGAGCUGUUCUUUAUCGUAACCUAAAAGGUGUCAGUCGUUUGCUCGUAUGUGUCCACAAGCUGAGCCGUAGCAUUAUGCAUCUCUCCGCAAUGGUGUGAUUUGAAGCACUUUUGGUGUGGCAUGUGCAGUUGCAGUGCUGUCUGUUUUUAAUUUCACCCCUAGCUAUCCCCCGCAUUUUAGCUGUGUUUUGGACACUGAACCAAACCGACUUUGAAACUAGCACUUUAAGUACUAGUAGUCACUUUGCUUCUGACUAUAUUGAGCACUGCACUUUUGUAAGUACUAUUAGCACUGAGUUUUGAACUGUUUAUUUUCCCCAGUCUAUUUAGCCUCUUAGGCGCGGUGUUAAUUACUUAGGGGCCAUCAGAAGAUAAUUUUGAGGUGUACGUGACCACUGUCUGGUGCCUGACUUCCAUUACAUAUGCAUUAGCGAUUUUAUAAAUUAGGGAACUAAACCCAUCCAAGCUUAUUUGACACAACAGGACGAACAUCUAAAUCCCUGACGUCCAGGCAGACGUGGUUGUUGUAAACUUUGAGGUCAUCCGGAGACCCAAGCGCAUGGCUUUUAAAAACACCAAAGAUACAGGAGAAGUCUCAAAAGGGAUCGGGAUGGUGCAAGAAUGUCUAAUUUACACUUGGAAUUGAGCGGACCGCAGGACGCAAAGCAGACCCGGAGUGAGAAGCGUAGGGCAAGACACUCUUGGUUUUGGUACGAGACCCCGGUCUGCAUUAGCAGGGUGAGUCCAUGGGACAGCGAAGUUAAAACCAGUCUAAGAUGCUGGUAUCAAUAAAGACUGCGCUCAAGCCAUUGCAAUAAAAGCCAUCAUUGUGCCUGUACUGAAAGUGCUGUUGAGAUUGAUUGUGGGCUUAAACUACAAAAGGUAUUUUUAAGUCAAAAACCUUACAGAUAAUUUAGAAAAUGGAGCAUAAUAACCGUGGGGUUUGCAGUUGAAUUUGAAAAGCGGUGUUAGGAGUUGAUCACGUCUCGUGUUAGGAGGCAGUUCAGAUGUGCAUCGCUAUUCCUGUUAAAUUCCUGUGGUAUUUCAGUAUGGAUGGUCAGGGACCAGAACUCCCUUCCAGCAAGAAAUCAGUAGGGUAGAGUUUGUAGUAAACAUAGUCAUAAAUCUCUCGGAUUUGAAAUGGGCUGAUGAUCCCUGGGAUGCAGAAUAAUCUGGGUUUUGAUGUCCCAAACCAUCCACUCUCAACCAACUGAUGGUGUUUUGCUUCUUUAAAAGCCCUCGUGGGUUUUCCAUAGCAGCAAAUAAAUCACGGUGCUCGCGAGAGUGCUGCGUUUCCUUCACGCUGGGGUACCCGCACUUGGGACUCCUGCUCAUCCUUGUUGACGAGCCAAUAGUUGAUCCAAGUCCUUCUCUGGCGAUACUCCUUGACGGGAGUUUCUCCCCGGCGAUACUUGAUGGAUAAACCCCGCCGUUACAGCAUGAUCAGUUUGAAUGGAGAGAAGCGAAUUAGGUCUUCUCCUUCACUGCUAGCAAGCUGACAUGAUGAAAAUAACCUUCAGCAACAAAAAAAAUAGGUGUAUUGGGUUUGCUUGUUGCAGCAGAUGGAAGUAUUUUUCUUGACCAGCUCCGCUUUUGGUGGCUGUUUUUGCUUGGGUUCAAUUCAAGCUUCCUUCUUCGAUAGACCUUCAUGGGUUUGGGUAUUCAGUGGGAGUCGAAGGUGGUUAAAAAACACAAACCUCGAGCAGCCCAAAGUAUUAUGCUCUUAUGUCCUCUAUUGUUGGAUUUAAAAAUGGAAAUGUAAAUAGAAUCCAGAUUUUUCUUUUUUUUUUUUUUUCUUUCUCCCCCCAGCCAAAUUGACCCUGCAAACCUAGCUUUAAAGAAAUACCGCCUGGUGAUGUUGCUGCUAUAUCUGAGCCCCUCAAAACGAUAGCAGCAGAGGGGACGGUCUCUUCAGAAAGUACCUCGGUGACUCAGAGUUUACAUCCCGCUCACCGUCACGAGGGCAUAGGCGAGCCCUUUGGAAAAUUCAAUCCCCCAGCGAGCUCACUUGAGUUUUUGGAAAUUAAGCUUGCAAGAAAGGGGGACGUGGAGCAGGUCUUUUGUUUGUUUGUUUGUUUUCCCCCACAGGUGUAGUUUUUUGCCCCUUGGAGUUGGCAUCUCAUCCUUCGGGAAGGUAAAAGUAAGCGUUUUCUCCUGCGUGGCACACGUGAGCCCCGAAUGCAAAGCCUAGCACAGCACCUCUCGCUUUGGAAGCACCUUUUAGGCGGAAAAAAGCUCUUGUAGGGAUUUUUUAGUUCUUUGGGCUUCAAGAUGGCUCAUGGGAAGCGCAUUGUAACGACACACAGGCAAUGUUUUACCGACCUUUUCUUUUUCUCCAAGAGAGACUUUUUAAUUCGCUUCAACAGUUUAGAGUUUGUUUCCUUCAAAGGCUUUUUGGACCCAUGCAAAUGCCCUUGAAAUGAGUCAAGUUUAUCAAAACAAAUUGUGCAUUGCAGGAAGCAGUCUCAAAAUGCACACACACCCAUGCACCUAUCCACGUGUACGUGCAUGUGUGUAUGUGUGUGUUUACAUAGAGAUAGAUAUAUUAUUUCCCCAACCGUUCCUUUUUUUUUUGGGUUGGUUUGUUUUUUGGGUUUGUUUUCCCCCGUCCCCCAAGAUAUUAACCAAAAGGUGUUUUGAAGUCAUGGCAUGAAAACUCCUAAAUGUAAAUCUGAGUACCUUGUGAUGCUAAUUAACAGUUUUUUCUGAAACUUUAUGUGAUGCUUACUAUUUUUCUUAGGAAGUUUUGUUUAAUGUUAGAUCAUUGUUCUGGAGGAUGUUGGUCCUACUGGCAUUAAACUAAUGGAAAUAAAAUGCAUGUGUUACAAGUGUAGAAACGGUGAAGAAUUAAGUGUGAACUUACUGUACGAUACCGAUUCUGUUUUCAAACAAUCUGUUUUGCUGUUCAGUAGUUGACAUAUGGAAAUGCCAAUGUACUGUAAUUUAGCACUUUUCUAAUGGACCCUGUUCUCACUACGCCCGAGGGAAGAAGUGGGUUUGGCGUGGGGCCGUCCGAACUCAACCUCUGAACCUUUUCUGCGUGUUUCGGCACCAGAAUUGGCCAGGGGGAAACUCCAAUUUGAGGUUUUCUCAUCGGUUCGGUGGCCGGUGUGGGGCGGAGGGGCGGUGGCUCUCCAUUUCCCUGGCCAAAUCAGGACAAUCUGGGUGAAGACCUCGCUGCGGGCAGAUGGACUGGCAGCAUCCCGGUCCACCAGCACAUCCCCGCGGGAGCCAGGCUGGGGAUGGGCUGUCUGAGCUGGGGUGGGACAGACAUGCGUCUGAAAAGCAGCUGAAGCAAUCCGCAGACCCUGAAACGAAAAGGCAGAAGGGUUAAACUACCAGCCACCUCCCUCCAGCCCAAAGCCUCCUUUCCUAGUGUUAACAGGGUGCAAAGUGUUACUUGUCAUGUACUGUACUGAAAGGGUUAAUUGAUCAGUGACUGUAUUGUACUGUAUGAAAACUCAUGAAUUGCCUUGUAUUGUUUCUAAUGGACUGUACCAUGUCCCCCCACCGCCCAUUCCCAACCUGUCCCCAGGUUUUCCAAAUGACGCAUGUUAUCAGUUAGGUCCUCCAAACUCUCUGGUGCUAACUCUUCUGUAUCCGAUGGUGCUUCUGCGGAUGCUAACUGACGACAUGCCGAUCCAGAGCUUGAAGUUCACAACGUCUUUAUUGUCUGUUUGUAUGAAGUCGACACACACACGCACGCUCACGAAAGAAAAAAAAAAGAUAAACUUGAAUUUGUUUCAAAGCAUCAUUGACAAUCUAAUGUUUUCUAUGUCUGCUUUUAUUUGGGAUGGCUUUUCUAGAAAGCAGCGCGCCAGCACCUUCGCACCAGGAGGGGAUUUCGUCCCGUUCACGCCGCGGCAGCUCCUCCGGCAUCCGAGGUGAGCUGCUCCCUCGCUGGCUUUUCAGGCUCGGCCGCGGGAAGUCGAUCCAUCAGGAGCCAGCGAGGAAGAGGAGGUGCAGGUGCCUUCAAAGAUGCCUGACCCUAAAAAGCAGCCGGCAUCCCCGUGACCGCCCCAUCUGUACGUAGGUGGUAGGUGGGCACCGAGGGUCUCGGAGGGGAGGAACCUGCCCCUUGCUUUGUGGCAAGAAUUGGCUUUUUAUGAGAAUGGAGGCAGAAAAUUGAGUCAAGGGGAGCCGGAGCUCCCAAAGGCACCUUCAUCUCUUUCCGGCAUCGCUCAUCUCCACUGGCAGAGGAGCCGCCUUCCGAGCGUGGGGUUUUGCAGGUGACACACACCUCGGAUGGCGUGAACUGACCCAUCCCCUCCCAAACCUCCCCGUCCCCGACGCGAGCUGCUUUUUGGACAAAAUAAAAUCUGACUAUAUUUUAUAUCGAUUUGAAAACAAAGUCUGAUAUUUACCCCUGUUCUCAACGGAAUUUGCAUAUUGUUGUUUGCCACGAUACUUGUUCUGUCUUAAAAUAAAUUUGCUUACUUGUGUAGUCUUAA